AUGGGAUCAUCCUUUACAACACUGAGUGCUGCUUUCAUCGCUGGAGCUAAAGUCGUAGCGAAGGGCGUAUCUGGUGUUGUAAAAUGGUUCAAUGUGAAGAACGGAUACGGAUUCAUCAAUCGAACCGACACCAACGAAGACAUUUUUGUCCAUCAAACAGCUAUAACCAACAACAAUCCCAACAAGUUUCUUCGCAGCCUCGGAGAUGGUGAAGAGGUGCGAUUUGAUGUUGUCGAGGGUGCGAAGGGACCUGAAGCCUCUAAUGUAACUGCCAAGGAUGGUGGGCCAGUGCAAGGAUCGAAGUACGCUGCCGAUCGCAAUUCCGAGCGCGGUGGGCGAAGAUUUAGGCGCCGCAAUUUCUAUAGAGGCGGACGCCGCGGAGGACAAUCUGCUGCUGGGGUUUUGAACGGAGGCGAGGGAGGACGUGGAAGAGGACGUCGUGGUCGUGGUGGACGUGGACGUGGAGGCCGUGGUCGCGGUGGCGGCAAUAAUGGCGGCAACGGAAAUAAUGGAAAUGGGGGAGGAAAUUUCCGACGUGUGACUGAGAUUUCAAGCACUGAAUCUCGAUCUAGCGGUGGUAUUGGUAAUGUAUAUCCAACGUAA